GCUGCCGAAGACCCUAGCCCAGGUUCGAUAAAGUCUUCAAAGGCCUUGCUAUCACCUGCCUGGGUCCAUUCUGCGGCGUGUUCUGCUCGAGCUCACUCUCGACGUCCUCCCUGACCCGCCAGCACCGGACGGUGUAGUCCCUGAGACCCGGUCCUUGAGCCUUUGCCCUCGGCUCAGCGCCAAUAAUACGCCAACAUGCGGUUUUCUAAGCUGCUUGUUGCGGCCCUGGCCCCCGUCGGCCUCUUCGCUCGCCAGUCCGUCGACCAACUAUCGCCUGGAGAGCUUGUUGCGCUCCUGGAGAAACACAACCUCGCGAUUGUUCCCAAGUCGGAACUGACAGACGCCCUGACGGAGCUCAAUGCCCUGCUUCGGAGCCAGCAGCUACAGGCACGCGACUUCUCCCUGAAAUUCAAGAGGGCAAACAGCACUACAACAACAACAUCCUCCGGUUCCGGUUCCAGUUCAGGCUCCGGCUCCGGCUCCUCCUCCAACGGCGGCAUCAGCAUCCCAGACCUCCUCGGCACCGGCGACCUGGGCGACCUGCUCAGCGGUCUCCUCAAAACCCUCGAAGACCUUCCCGCGCUGCUCAAGGCGCUCGAGGGCCUGCUCACUGCCGAGUUCCUCCAAGGCUUCCACGAUGCGAUGGUCUACCUCGGCCAGGCGCUGCAGCCGCCGGCGCCGGCGCUGAUCCAGGACCUCCUGAAGAAGGGCGCGCCGCUGCUCGACCUGCUCAGCGAGAUCGACCUCAAGGGCCUGCUGGACGAGCUCCAGGGCGUCGACCUGCCCGCCCUGGUCGGCGCCGCGCUCAAGCUGCUGUCCGACCAGAACCUCAACGACAUCCAGUCGCUGCUGACCAACGGCGCGGCGCUGCUCACGCCGUCGUUCGUGAACCAGACCUCCACGCUCAUCGGCGGCGUGGCGCCGCUGCUGAGCGAGCUGGGGCCCUUGCUCGACAAGGUCGAGCCCCUGCUGGACAAGCUCAGCGGGUUGGAUCUUGCCGGCCUGUUGGAUGCCGUGGAGCCGCUGCUUACCAAGGAGUCUAUCCAAGGCAUCGUCACCUUGCUAGGUAACGCCGAGGCUCUGCUGACGGCCGAUACCGUCAAGCAGCUUAGUGGUCUCCUGACAUCUGUUGGUCCACUGCUUGACAAGCUCCAGGGCCUGGAUCUUGAAGGCAUCCUGGAUGCCGUCUCGCCGCUUCUCACGAAGGAGUCUAUCCAAGGCAUUGUCACCUUGCUGGGUAACGCCGAGGCUCUAUUGACGGCCGACACUGUCAAGGAACUCAGUGACCUCUUGAAAUCUGUUGGCCCCCUACUCGACAAGCUUCAAGGUCUAGAUCUCGAAGGGAUCCUCGACGCCGUCUCGCCCCUGCUCACGAAGGAAUCCAUUCAAGGCAUCGUCGGCCUCCUGCAGAACGCGGAGGACCUGUUGACGCAAGACACUGUCAACAGCCUCAAGUCCCUGCUGACCACCGCCGGCCCACUGCUCGACAGCCUCGGCCAGGUCGACCUCAAAGGUCUCCUCGCCCAGGUCGGCCCUCUGCUGGAGGAGCUCGGCAAGCUCGAUCUCAAGGAUCUGCUGGCCGCCGUCAGCCCCCUGCUCACCUCCGACUCCAUCAAGGGCAUCAUCGGCCUGCUGGGCAACGCCGAGAGCCUUCUAACAACCGACUUCGUGGGACAAACCAAGACGCUGAUCAGCGACGCGGUGCCGCUGGUCUCGGCCCUCGCCGAAGUCAACCUCAGCGGCCUGAUCAAGCAACUACAGCCGCUGCUCGACGCGCUGAGCCAGAUCGACCUGGCCAGCCUGCUGAAGCAGGUCUCGCCGCUGCUCGCGCAGCUGUCGCCGCUGCUGGGCGAGCUCGGCAAGCUCGACCUGCAGGGCCUGCUGGCCGCCGUCAGCCCCCUGCUCACCGCGGAUUCGAUCAAGGGCAUCAUCGGCCUGCUGGACAACGCCGAGGCCCUGCUGACGGCGGGCUUCGUCAACGAGACGCAGACGCUCGUCGGCGGCGCGGUGCCGCUGGUCGCCGCGCUCGACGAGGUCGAUCUCAAGGGCCUGCUGGCUACCCUCGCGCCGUUGCUGAAGGAGUUGGGCGGGAUUGACUUGGCAGGGCUGCUGGCGGCCGUCAAGCCGCUGCUGGACGCGGUCAAGAAGAUUGAUGUUCAGGGCAUUGUGGAUCAGAUCUUGCCGCUGCUGACGCCGAGCAGUAUUAAGGCUAUCGUGGGUCUGGUCAAUAAUGCGGGCUUGCUGCUGAGCCAGACGUUUGUGUCGCAGACGUCGGAGCUGAUUGAUGAUGCUACACCGCUCGUGGCAACCAUUGCCGACCUCGUCCACGCCGUCCUCAAGGAGUUUGUGGGCAAGCGGUAGGUUGCGGCGGGAUAAAGGUUGACGAUGACGAAGGGACGAGUAAUGUGGUUUCAUGAGUAAUAGCGUCAUACGCAUCUAAUGCUGAAUCAGUCCAUGGGAGUACGCGGCUCCGUAGGUAGUCUUGGAAGAGAGACUACUCAUGACCGUUCGGGCGGAGUGAUUUGGUCUCUAAUUGAAUUUGGACUCUGAUUAGUACAACAACAUUGUAUGUGCAUAUACUGUACCACGGAACAACACACGACAAUGGACGUGUUCGUGUUUACUGG